AAGAAUCCCUGGGCUGACAAUUUAAACACUAACCCGAACCCUAAUUCACCGAAAACUCCAAGUGGAGGUUCUGCUACUACGUUGCAAUUUGCAAGUUUAAGAAAAGGGAAAUCAGAUGGAUUUGGAUGAUCGUAUCGUGCAAUUGGAGAAAGAGAAACAAGAGACUCUGGAGCAGCACGCCAAACGGCCUUGUGUCAGAGGCAAUACCUCCUCCGAAGAAGAAGAUGAAGAGAAAGUUGUUGAGGAUACGGCUGCCUCUGAUGAAGAAGAAGAGGAGGAAGAGACAGAAGAUGAUACUGAUUCUGAUUCUGAUUCCGAAUAUGUGCCGUUUACGCCUAGACGUUUAAUGACUGAUGAAGAAAUUCGUGAACAUCGGAGGCAGGUUGCUGAAAGCAACGGAUUCGAUGUUGACUGGUUUGAAGGCAUUCUACCUGGUUCAAUUAAGCCCUAUACGUUGACCGAAGCAAACCGCCCUCCAUUGAUAGAUUUUUCCAAGCAAGCUUUGAAAGUCUACAAUGAGAGCAAUAAUACAACUUUUAUAUGUGAUAAGCUUAUCAAAUCAAAUGCUCAAUGUGUUGCUGGCACAAUGUUCUACAUUACUUUUGGGGCGCUGAUGAGCGAAUAA